CCUGUGAAAUGAUUCAUGGCUCUAAAAUAUGUUUGUACUCCAAGCAAGAAAUUAAACUACUAAUACACAUAUUGCCCGUGGACGACCAGCCAAUCAUAGAACAGUCUCGCGUCUUCUUUCCACCCAUUCCAAACCGCCUCGAYGCCACGUACGAAGCUGGGGUUCCAGUGUUCAUGUUAAUGAAAGUUGAUCAAAAUGUUGUUCGGAAACUCAUUUUUGGAAAGAAAAGUGAUAACCUACGACAAAUCAUGGCGAACGGCUUAAAUCCAGAUGCACUCAUUGACGACUUACCAGAAUUCGAGCAAAGAAUGGCAAAUUACCAUAAAAGAAAAUGCGCUAAAGACGACGAUGGCGACGAGCUAGGAAUGGCUAUUCUAAGCUCUUCACCGAGCAUUCGUAAUGAAACCCUUGGAAGAUGGCUCUUUAAGAAACAAGGGGCCUCUUCUUGGGAACCCAUGAAGAAGGCGUUUCGGGACUUGAGACAGGACAAAAAAUCGUGUAAGCCAUUGGCGUUAAUCAAACCUGGAGAUCGCUUGAAAUUCGAACCAAGGAACAGAUCCCUGCUUUGGAACAACGCAGACGCUCAAGAAUUCACACGGCUGGAUUUUCACGCGUGGGAAGGCAAGGAUAACAGAACCUCAGGAGUACACUGCGUGGAGUUUAAUACUUCAAGCGCGCGUUUUUCUAACAACACAAGCUCGAUGAUUGCAACCCGUCUUGGAUGCAACGACAUGCCGGGGUCCAAGACCACAACAGAUUUGUGUGGUGUUUGUAAUGGGAUCAAUAAAUGCGUAGACUGUGAUGGAGCGCCAAAUUCUGGUGCCAAGAUAGAGUGCGGCAUUUGUUAUGGUGGCAAAACCGGAGUCAGUAAACCAAAGCGCGACUGUGCAAAUACAUGUAACACUUCAUUUGUGGACGAAUGUGGUAAAUGCCAAAGCUGGCGCAAACUGAAAAAGAAUUUCAAAGAUUGUGCUGGGACGUGCAUGGGAGCUCGUGAUUAUGGAGCCAGAAAUAACAAGUGCAAAGUUUGUGUGGGCGGAAAAACUGGCAAGCCCGUAAACGCAGGAAUGGAUGCCUGUGGUGAAUGUGAUGGUGAUAACUCCACGUGUACAGACUGUAAUGGGAUUGUGAAAGGCCCAAACAGGAGAGACGGUUGCAAUAACUGUCUUGACCCUAAAUCUUCUGACUUUAACAAGUGCAAGCAGAUCACGGGCGCAAGUUCAGUGACGUUUCCAGCCUCGGGACCAUCUUACGUCACUGUAAAGGCUACAGGAAUAAAGACAGCCAAGAAUGCCAGCUGUGUGCUACAGAAGGGUGCAGAGAGAAUUGCCUUGCAGAAAACUACAGUUGGCAUGGCCACAAAAACUGGUGUUUCAUCUUUUUCUCUCCAAUUCAAAGCCGUCCCUCCUGGUUCAUACUCACUCAAGUGUAAAUUCGAUUCGUCUUCCACUGAAUUGGAGUUUACCAAACAAAAGCUGCUUUUCUUUGAUGAUAAAACUAUAGUUGUUAGCAGUGCCAUACCUAGCUUUGCCCUAAGGAACGAGGCAACGAAUGUAACCAUCCUUGGCUCUGGAUUUACAAACAGGACAACUGCCAAAUGUGUCCUUGAAACCAAGAAAUCCCAACGUUCCCUGCUCCUUCCAAUAAAAGCAAGCUUCAUAAGCAGUUCAAGGGUGAUGUGCCACAUUCCAGCAAGAUUGGAGACGGGCGAAUUCCAACUUGGCGUAGCCUUCUCAGGCACCCUUGUUGGAAUGACCUCCUUUGCCAUAAAAUCCAUUGCACCUCGUACGGUAAAAUGUCAGCUGUCCAAAAACCUAAGAGACCUAACAAUUAAGUUGGAUCAACCUGCGGCGCUUGCAACUCGAUCAACGAAAUGCCAAGAUCUAUUCUCACUUUCCAGCGCAAAAAUGGUAGGAAAAAGAGCUAGAUGCCAAUUUAAAAAUAAGCUUCUUCAAGUGAAUCUUCCAACUGAUGCUCCUUUUAUCGAAUCUGGUAAAAUGUUGACCCUGGUGUAUCGCAAGAUCAAGAACGCUGUUGGCAAACUGACGCAUUACAAAGAUGGCAUUACUGAAAUGAACGUUAGUUGCAGUAGACCCUCCAAACCCAAACCGGUCACUGUCGAAAUACGAGGCGCUAAAUCUGCAGGACCUUGUCAAAAAUUCAGGAUUGAAGCUAAGRCAACUGGCUCUGGUAAGCUAAAAUACUCCUGGGCAGCGUACUUCUCUAAUAAAACCGCAGCGAUUUCUGCCAAUCACCAAGCAGACAUGAGAAAACUGAAGGAAUUCCUGUCUAAGAUGAAAAAAGCUUCCUUAGUAAUUCACAAGCAGCUUGUUUUGCCGAACGUUAACUACGAAUUAGAGGUAAUCGUGACAGACACCUCUAAGCAGCAAGGAAAGGCUGUGGUUUCUCUAACUAGAGAUGACAGCAAGGCUCCUCGCAUCUUUAUUGCUGGAAAUAAGAUUAGAAAGGUGYCUGCGAACAUUCCAUUGAGGUUCAAAGCAAUUAUUGCUGGUUCUUCCCAGUGCCAUCGGGUAUCAGCACGUGACAAAGCGGUUCUGUACACGUGGAGCUGUAGUUCAAGCAGUGUGGAAAUAGAGAAAUUCGAUUUGCAAAGUUUGUUCAUCAGAAGAAAUCAAUUGCGUCCUGGAAAGCAAUAUGUGUUUGAGAUUAUGGCAUGCCUGGCCAACGACCAGAGUCAGUGUUCAAGGGCAUCAGUGACUGUUGUUACAGAAAGCAGGCCAUUGGAAUGCAAAAUAAAAGGCGGGAAAACACGUUCAAUUGGUGAACAUGAUCUAUUGACGCUUGACGGUAGAGCAUCCAAGGACCCUGAUGCAGACCCCAAGGAGAUGAAAUACUCGUGGUCAUGCGAAGAUCCUGAAGGCUACACCUGUUUCUAUCCAAACAAGACCAAUCCUAAUGAACUUAUUCGUCUUGACAUUCCUGAUGAACCGGUUGUUCGCAUAAACACUACAGAACAGCUUCCACAAGUGAAUGGCACGUACAAAUUCACUUUGACUGUAAGCAAAGGGAAUCGUUCAAGCAUAAGAGAAACCAAGAUCAAAGUAAAACGAGGAUCGCCCCCAAAGACCAAAUUGUUCGAUAUCAAGAACGCAAACCCAGACAAAAAGAUCGUGGUUCGUGGCCAGGUUCAAAGUAAAGCACCUGUCACCCAGUACGAGUUCUCAAUAGUAGAGGAAAGCCAAGAAGGAUAUGCGUAUGUUGAUUUAGAAGAAGAGCAGGAUGUAGUCAAGUCUAAAAUAAAAGGCGAAGUAAAGAGAACAAACCCUAGAAAACCAGCCCGUAAAAACGUUUAUUUGGUGUUCAACCCAGGGAAGCUUGCUGAAAACGCCACCUAUAAGAUACGACUCACUGCAACCUACGAUAACGUAACAUCAUAUGCCGAAGCAGACCUGAAGACUAAAGCAACACCAAAUCAAGGUGAAGUGCUGAUUGAACCAUCAGAAGGUGUUGCUGCCAAUACUACUUUCACGAUCAGUGCUGGUGACGGGUGGAGCGUAGCUGAGGAAGACGGGCCACUAGUCUAUCGGUGUGGAUGCGUUAUCACCAAUCGUCGUGGAAGAAAAAGACCGAAGUACUUUGUGGAAUUCUCAGAAAAAGACUCUUGUGAAACCACGCUGCCACCAGGUGACAAAGUUAACAAUCACACUUUGAAGUGUUUCAUCCAAGCAUGUGAUGUACAUGGAUCUUGCUCAAGAGAAGAACAGGAUGUCGUUGUUGCUCCGAAGAAAUUUGAUGCUGAUGACAUCGCUAAGGCUAAAGAAGAGCUUUUAGAAAGAUUUGCUCAAGGAGACUUGUCAAGUGCUACAAGUGCUAUGUCAUCCUUGCUAUUGUCAGUGCAAAAUAGAAACAAAAGCAGUGAAGAAGGUGAAGAAGAAGACGACGAAGUAAAGAAAGCCAUAGAAAAUGUCAUCCAGACAGUCAUUGAUAAGGUUAUGGAUUCAAAUGAAAAUGGAGAAACGCAAAGUGAAGAUGAGGAGGACCUGGUACUUGAUACUCUCGCCCAAACUGUUGAGGCCGCACAAGACGAAACGCUGAACGCAGAAGGAAGAUCAAAGAGAAUAGGUGAAAACGUCCACGAAAUGAAUGAUGCGAGGGAAUUGGAAGUUGAAAAGACAAGUAGACGCAAAAGAAGAGCAGUCAGUGAAAAGAACCCAGACGUAGAAACAAAGACCCCAGAACAGGUGGAACAAACCCUCAGCAUCUUCAGUAGAAUCAUUCAGCCAUCGAAUUUCUCCAACGAUUCAAUGACAGUCAAAGAGCAGUUCCUAGAUCUUCUCGAUGAACUUGGUCGAUCAAUGUGCAAAGGCCUGUCUACUGGAGAAACACCAUUGACAGCCGAGUCAAAUACCACUGUCUUGCGAAGCGAGAAAAAUUCCUUUGAGCACGUGCAUACAGUCUACAGUAGGAUUGGUUGUGAUAACUGUAGCUUGUAUGAUUCUAAAAUUGCGGAAGUACUCUUGGGAAAAUCUUUGAAGGAUAUGUAUGGAAACUGGGACUGCAAUGAAGACGGUUGCAAUGGGGCAUGCGUAGUAUCUGCUCAGAUGUCAGAUGAUUUGCUGAUCAGGUCUCUCAACGAAAACAGAUCACUUGUCAGUGACGUCGUCUACGUUAAGCUUUUCAACCCAGAAACUUUGGUUGCUAUGACGAUCCCUGAGCUGGCCGAGCCCAUAAGUUUUGACAUUCCCCUAAUCAACGUCACGGAUGCUCAAUCCUCUAAAAUCAAGUGUCACCAAUGGGAUGCAUCAUCAUCGUCAUGGACGACUACAGACGUUACGACAAAUGCUAUGGUUGCAGAAAAAAGCCAGAUUUCCAUUAACUGCACAUCAAGUCGUUUAGGGUUCUUCGCCGUAUUUGAUUUGAGUCCAAAACAGAGUCAAUCUUCUUCUACUGCUAGUCCAACAACAAGCAAAACCAGUCCGACCACGACCUUGGGUCCGACUACAGCGACAUCAAGCGACACUGCAACGACACCAACCGACACCGCAUCGACAUCAAGCAAUACCACAGCCACACCAAGCGACAAUGCAGCCAUACCAAGCGACACCGCAGCGAUAACAAGUCAUACUGGGGRACCUUCUGUGACCUCAAAAAAUGAUCAGCAAACAGAAAUACAGUUCUCCUURGAUGCAAGCUUCAACGAUGUCAUCAACGACAACAAUAAAGCCUCUUUCAUCGCAACGUUAAAAAGCAGAAUUGCAUCACAGCUUGGCGUCGACCAAUCACGUAUCAGCAAUCUCUCAGUCCGUCCAGGUAGCAUUAUCGUACAAUUUAUCCUGCUGCCUGGUGGGAAUGGGCAACAAAGCGUCCAAAAUCUGGCCGAGAGCUUGAGAAACCUGGUGCAGAGUGGUAACUUCACCGUCAUUCUGUCGGAUGGACAAAGAUUGGAUGUUGUCCGCAGUUCCUUUUUGCAAGGGUUCAACAGCAUCCCAUCUAUCACUCCUCCUCCAUCAACUGUCACUUCUACUAACUCUAAUCAAGUCAAGAAGUCAGGACUCAGUCAGACUACGCUUAUCGCAAUUAUUGUGGCAGGAUCUGUGGUUGCCUUGACAAUACUUGCCGUGGUGCUGUUUUACUGUUUGAGGAAGAAGGACCAGAAUCAGAAGGUAAAGGCCAUAGAAGAAGAAGAAGAAGAAAGCUGGGUAGAACCAAUAAAUACCGAGGAAGUAAAAGGACAUAUUCCUAUGAAAGGUAUUGACAAUGAAGGACACUUGGUCGAGGAAGCAGUGGAACCCAGGCCCUCCCUUCCUGGUACGCCUAGUUAUGAUCACGACUGAAGCACAAUGRGUCAGCACUUGAAUUGCUUUUUAUAAACACAACCAAGAAUGAUAUGCUUUGCAGCUAAUUCACGCACUGCAGACACUACAGGAGGUAGAAGAGAAAGUUCACUCUACAGCAAAACUAGGUGUAAAAUAUAAUCACAAGUACCAUCCCCUUGCAUGUGACGUCAAAGCAGAAAGAAUUCCAAUCUCCUGAGAAAUGAUUUGUCCCCCAGAUUGAGCUGCAUUCCGAAGUGCUGCAAGGGUCUAUAAACUAAAAGGAAAGCACUAGCACGAGUAUUACAAGUAUUUAUUUCUAAUUACAUCGUUAGUUAAAAGUAAUAAUGAGCUAACAUUUAUGAUCGACGCAAAAACAAAUUUUGCCCAAUUCAUUUUAAUUUCAAAAAUGCAAGUGUACAAACUACAAAGACCAAAGUCCUAAACGUAAGAGUGAAGAUUUCUUCCUAUAUUGAUUGAAUUACUAUUCAUAACCCCCUCAUAUAGUUAUGCUUUGCUUUUGACUGGAUACUUGUAUUACUUGGUUGGAAUACUAUUUUAUCCAAUCACAGUGGUUUCACUUACUUAGUGAUAUUGCCGUUUUUGUUCUUGUCACUGCAAGUCAAGGCUGCUGCAACGAUUUUUUUGCAUCAUCUUCACAUCACGUAUGAUAAUGCACAGCGAUGCUUACCAUUUACCAGGGAAAACCAGAAAUUCCGGUCUUCGGUCUUUCGAUUGAGGUAAUCUACUUUUCCCGCUCUUUUUAGUUCUUCCGGUAGACGCGUGCAACAUUUGUAACGCAAAUUUUCCCGCUCUUUUCUAAACAUUAACAAAUGAAAUUCCAACCGGAUGGAUUGGUUUAAAUGGUAAGCAACCUAAGAAGGCAAUUGUAAUAUUGCAGUCAUAGUACACGGCACUUUUAAAUCACUCAGGGAUAGUUGUCAUUAAACAGUCAGUUUUACCCAUUUGUGUUAAUCAUGGCAAGUUUAUUUGGUAGAUUACUACCAUUAUYGUUGAAAUGCGACCAGCGACGAUUAAUGUCUCAUUUGCCGACUAGCAAUUCAACGACUAUCAAUCAAGRAAUUUUACGACAAAAAGUAACAUCAAACAUUGGGGGCAAACGACCAUAAUAUCUGAAUGUUUGAAAAAAUUUCGAAAUUAAUUGUYGAUUUGCAUAUCAUAUCAUUCUUCUCCUGCUAACGACUCUAAAAUCGAAAAGCGUUUUGAAUUUGGAUGAGGGAAACUUGGUUUAUUAUAAGCUAUGCCUAGAUAGAUUUUUUCCCRCGAAAAUGUGGCGACUGAACAUUUGGAUCGGAUAAGCAAACAGUAGAUUAGUUUAUAAGGUUAUAAAUAAAUCAACCAACCCACCAAUCCCCCCUUACUCCUACCUACCCAUAYAUUCUAAUUAUUUCAUAAAUAAAUGUAACAUCCCUGAAACAA